AUGGCGGUCCCCUACCCCCAGAUUGUGCUCUUUGGCGAUUCGCUGUUCCAGGAUGCGGCAAGUCUUGAGGACGGCUUCGGUUUUCAAGCUGCCGUUCAACAGCAGGUUCUUCGCCGGUUUGACGUUGUCAACCGUGGUCUCUCCGGCUACAACACCUCCAAUGCCCUGAAACUCCUGCCUCAGAUCAUCUCCCCGCCGGGUCCGGGCGUGCCCAAGCUUGCCUAUCUUUUCAUCCUCUUCGGCGCGAACGACGCAGCCCUUCCCCGGCCCGUCAACAAUCAGCACGUUCCCCUAGACAAGUACAAGCAGAACCUCGUCUCCAUCAUCACUCACCCCAAUAUUACCGCCCACAACCCCAAGAUCUUUCUCGUCACGCCCCCACCCCUGGACGAGUUGAAGACGUCCGAGGUCGAUCUCGGCAUCCGCAAGCACCGCGUCAGCGCUUCCUACUCGGAAGCCGUCCGCCAAGUGGCCGCCGAGCACUCAGUCGGCUUGGUCGAUCUCUGGAAAGCCAUCAUGGACUACGCCAUCUCCAAGACGCCCGGGUUUGACGGAUCCAAGGGAAACCUGGGGGAUCCCAAGACGCGGGAGAGGGGCUAUCUGGAGAGCUUGUUGCCGGAUGGGUUACAUCUGAGCGCUGAGGCGUAUCAGGUAUUGUACGAUGUGGUGAAGCCUCAUCUAGGUCAGGAGUGGGAGGGGACGAACAAUGAGCAGAGGGUUGGUUAUGUGUUGCCGGACUGGAAGGUGGCGCCUUGGUUGGAGGAGGAUGUGUUGAAGCCUUGA